AUGGCCCUCGUGACCCUCGUCGGCUACCCUUGCUCUGGCAAAUCCACCCUGGCUUCGAAACUCAAGAUCGAAUUCGAAGCUCGAUUGUCCGACUCGUCUUAUUCUGGGCCAAAAUUAUCAGUGGUCAUAAUCUCAGAUGAAUCUUGUCAUGUUCCAAGGACUGUUUACGAUGAUAGCAAAUCAGAAAAAUCAGGUCGUGCAACUCUUUUCGCAUCCCUAACCAGAGCAUUGGGACCAAAUACGAUAGUCAUCUGUGACUCUUUGAACUAUAUCAAAGGGUUUCGAUAUCAAAUGUAUUGUUCUGCCCGCGAAGCUCACGCGAGGGUAUGUACGGUUCACAUUGCGACCCCAGCUGAACAAUGUGUGAAAUGGCAUGAGAGGAGGGGAGAGUGUAGUUAUGUUCCUUCCACAUUCGAAAACCUUAUCAUGCGAUUCGAAGAACCAUCCUCCAUGGUCCGUUGGGAUUCCCCCUUAUAUCUAAUCUUACCUUCCGACCCUAUCCCCUUUUCUUCCAUAUUCGAAACUAUCACCAAAGGCUUCAAAGCACCACCAACAGCUGCUGUCAAACGAAACGCCGCUCCACCACCCAAUACCAUGCAAGUACUCUCCGGUACCACUUCACAUAUCAUUUCAACCCUUUUGACACAUCUCAACGCUAUACCAACUUCCACUUCUUUCUCCAUCCCCUCUCCGCCUUCGUCACCCGAUACGAAUCUAGUUUUGCAUUUACCAAUGAGGAGAGUUUUGUUACCUGAUAAUGGGAUGGCAGCUGGGAAUUGGAGUGAGAAUGAGGUGGCUAGUGCUUUUGUCAAAUUUUUAGAAAUUCAAUGGGAUACUGUGCAAUAA